CAGAGCCGUUGGCUCACAUCGAUCAAAAUGAGAAUAAUACAGGUGUUCGGAAUUUUUAUUAUUCUCUGGCAGGAUCAAGUUCAUUCUCUCUCCGUACAAGAAAAUGUCGUAACAGAUGGAUGUAAAAAUCUGGAAGAUACAACACCAUUAUUGCGCCUUAAAAAUUAUCUUUUUUGCAAAUAUGAUAGUACCGUCCGUCCAAAUAAUCACAACAUAGUUACUAACGUCUCUCUAAGGCUGAUUCCAAAAAUGAUGGAAUACCUUGAUGACCAAGGUGUAUUAACACUUCACAGCUGGAUGUCAUUUUCCUGGACGGACACGCAUCUUGUUUGGAUGCCAAACAAUUUUGGUGGCAUUAAUUAUAUUCAAGUAAAAUCCUACAAUCUCUGGGUGCCCGAUCUAGGCGUAUACAAUUCUGGUGAUUUGUCGAACGAUCUACUUGAGCUGCCUGCAACGGAUUGUUUAGUCUUCAAUACAGGUUCCGUCAUUUGUGUACCGGCUGUGAAAUACAUUUCAAAAUGCGAAGGCGAUUACACUUAUUGGCCUUAUGAUCAGCAGAAAUGUCGUAUUGUACUUGGCUCAUGGUCGUACGCGGGGGAGGAAGUCGAUUUUCAUCUAAAGGAAAACGGGAUUUACAUGGAUAGUUAUGAAAAUAAUACAUCGUACGACUUGAAGUUUAUAGACGCAGUGAAACAUGUUAAAAAAUACAAAUGUUGUCCAAACGAUACUUUCCCCAAGAUUGAUUAUACAUUUUUGUUAACUCGGCAUUAUGGUAUAAAUCACAAAACUAUCGUCACACCAGCAAUUGCUUUAAUAUUUCUCACUUUGACGGUGCUUUGGUUGGAUUCGAGAUCGAUCGAACGAACGGCGGUUGCGAGCGUGAACUUUAUUUGCCAUUUGCUCUGCAUAUACGACUUGCACUGGCAAUUGCCAUAUAAUGGUAGUAAUCCCCCUAAUAUAUUGCUAUUCUAUCGCGAUUCCUUGGCAUUGGCUACUUUCUCAUUAAUCUUGACGACUUUGUUGCGCAAACUGCAAGAUAUAAGUACAGACAUGCCAAGUUGGAUCUCAUCGACGACAAUGUUUAUCUUGAACAAUAAGGCUGGUCGUUUUUUAAUCUUAAAUGACGAGGAGUCCAAGAUAGCAGGUGAAAACAUGAUAAUUGAAGCUAAUUCGGACCUUCCAAAAUUCGGAAUGAAAAAAUCCUGGAGAUAUUUUGCCGCUAUUGUCGAAUGGUUGUCAUUCUUUUGCGUUAUUCUCACUUAUGCCAUUAUCUUAAUUACUCUUGUACCUAUAGAUAAUCAAUGAUAAAACAUUUCUUUAAAAAUCUUUUAAAUAAUCUUACUCCUACUUUUAUGGCUGAUUAAAAU